AUGAUGGAGGAUGAAAGUAACUUGGAGCUGAGGGAUGUCAGCAAUAAUGAUUUGCUCAGCCUUCUAAAUUUGCUAAAACACCUCACCGAUACGACAGAAAUGAGUUUAUCUGCCCUGCAGAGCGUUGCCGAAGCACGUUGUCGCGCCGGGAUAAUAACGAGGGUGUUUGUUCACAAGCCAAGUGGGCAGGUUGUCGGAACUGCGUCGCUCUUAGUUGAGCAAAAGUUCACGCGAGGUGGGAAGUACGUUGGCCACGUUGAAGACGUCGUUGUUGAUCCUGCAUACCGGGGAAAGAAGUUAGGCCAAGCACUUAUUAAGGACAUCUGUGCAGUUGCUCGCUCACGGGGUUGCUACAAGGUCAUUCUUGAUAGCGCAGAGAAAGCUAUUGACUUUUACCAAAAAUUGGGCUUUCGAGUUUGUGAGCGCCAAAUGAGGCUUGAUUUGUGA